AUGAAUGAGAGAAGCUCACGGAAAACAGGCACCAGUGGAGGAAUAGAAUUAGGAAAGGCACCAGGCUCCAUGAUGGAUCAUAGUUCGACAAACUUGCUGAAACUAGAGCCAAACGACACGAAAGCGACAAUCACUCGUAUAGUCUAUGUGUCGCGACGUACAUAUGCUCUAGCUGCGGUCGGUCUUGUCGCUCUAGAAUUGAAU